AUGUCACUUGCAAAUUCAUUCUUGAGGUCUUUCGCUUCAUUGAAUCUACGUACUCAAGUACACGCUCAUCCUUCAGUCCUUACUCGGCGGUCGAUCUCAUCCACUGCCACCAACUUUGCUACCUUGAACCAAAUCAUGAGAGGAGCUCGUAAAUCAUUCCCCAAGGUUUCAAAAGCACCAGCAUUAGAAAAAAACCCUCAAAAGAAAGGAGUCUGUACCAAAGUUUACACUACUAAGCCCAAGAAACCAAAUUCAGCUAUCCGUAAAGUAGCACGUGUAAAGCUUUCGAAUGGAAGGGUAGUACGUGCGUACAUACCUGGUGAAGGACACAAUCUGCAGGAGCAUAGUGUGGUUUUGUUGCGCGGUGGCCGUACGCAAGAUCUUCCCGGUGUUCGAUACAAGAUUAUUAGAGGCGCUUUGGACUUCAGCGGUGUCGUCGGUCGUGCUAAUGCUAGAUCCAAGUAUGGUUCUAAAAAACCAAAAGAAAUUUAA